AUGCCUAAGGUUGAAUUUCAGAAGCCAGAAGGAUUUUACGAAAAUGUUGAAGCCUUUUUAUACGCUGUAGAUAUCACUGAGCCUUUUAUCCUUGCAAUUUUUGCUUCCCAUCUAUUCUUUUUCUUACUCAUUAUUCUAUUCAGAAAAAAUAGCAGAAUCAUUAUGUUUAUUUUUGUCUUUCUUUUAGGCCUCUGCUAUAUCUUGGAAACCAUUAACACAUAUCUUAAUUAGAACUGAUUUUUAAAAAAUGGCGAGCUGAGUAUAAGUGUCCAGUCAGUUGAUCCCCCAGUAAGUGGCAUUAUUUUAGGAAGUCCGGGGUGGGGUUUGCCUAAACCUUUGGCAGACUUCUCCUCGGUCCACAGACGAGAAAACUGAAGACACAGUCUUAGCUUUAUACUUCUGGGAAGCAAUAUUUUUAUCUGAAUAAGUCGUGGUAGUUCAAAGGAAGCUUUGGAUAGUGAUUCAUACCCGAGCUCUACCAUGGGUUUAGAAAAUUUAUGGCCAUGGAGUCAAGACUCAAACAAGGUCGGGUGAUUCUACCCAAGAAGCUGUUGAAGUCACUAUUUUUUGGUGACAUCAACACGAAAAAGGCUUUAUGUGUGGCUGCGGUGCAUUAGGUCAACCUUAGUCCAAAGCCAGUGAAGGACGGGCAGGGCUGAAAUAAUUCUCAACGACUCACUGCAAUUUAUCUAAUCUAAUCAGAACUGGCAAUCUCUUGUAAAGCAAAACUAUUUCGACAAAAGCGGGCUCUUUGUGUGCAUCAUGAUUGGAAUUCCAUGCUUAGUCAACAGCUGUUUAAUAGUAGUGAUUUCUAUAUGCUCAACAAUAUCCUCUCUCACAGAAUUUGUCAAGCUAAAAAAACAGAAAAAAGAAUAA